UAUAAAAUCAUUGCGUACAUUCUAACAACAGCUGAAGAUACUAUCUUCUUUAUUGAAACCGUUUCAAUUUGUGUCAAUUGACUCUGAUGUUAAAGUCAUUAAGUGACUUUGACGUUUACUAAAGCUAUGAUGUUCUGGCUUCGUCUCGUUUUCAUUGCUUUCCAUUUAUCAACAGUUGUUGAAAGUUUACACAAUUUUGAGACCUGCACGUCUGGUCGAUCUUUGAAGGUGAAAAUUAAUGAAGCUGUCCCGACUGGCACUGUUUUAUUUUGCUUUCGCGAAAAUGAAAACAUUAGUUAUUAUUUUUAUGAAGAUGAUUAUACAAAGGAAGCAUUGGAAACGUUCCACAUAUCGCUCAGAGGUACGGUGAAGAAUAAUGUUCGAUUGGACGUUAAACGAGGUCAAGAAUAUAGUUUGAUUGUACUUGCUAAACAUACAAAUGCUUGGACAACAGCUUGUUCAUUAACCCUGACCAUAGAAGAUGUCGACAAUCACUAUCCAAGGUUCAAGAAAGAUUUAUACAUUGGUAAUAUUAAAGAGAAUCAACCAAAGAAUUCUCUCGUUCGUGGAUUACAUAAUAUCUAUGCAACAGAUGGCGAUAUGCUUCCUGUAAAAACUUAUCGAAUUCUUCCCGGAAGAGGAGCAGAAAAAUUUGUUGCUGAAAUAGAAGACAUUAACGGGAUUAAAUUUCUGAAUAUUCGCAGUAAAAUACCUUUAGAUAGAGAAAAUGAAUCAUUUUACAUGUUUAAUGUGGAAGCUUCAGAUCAUGGCGAUCAUAAAACUAUCACUAAAGUUCAAAUUCAUGUUGACGAUUUGAACGAUUGUAAACCAGUUUUUAAAUCUAAGGAGUACAUUGUUACUGUCCUAAAAUCCACAGCUGUAAGUUCCCAAGUUUUAAAAAUUCACGCGGAAGAUUGUGAUUUGAAUGAAAACGCCGAGAUCUAUUAUUAUUUUAAGAAAGAGGAGAAAAAAAUGGAUUAUUAUUUUACAAUUGAACCUCAUACUGGAGUGAUACGUGUUUCUAGAGUUUUACACAAUAUAAAUGAAAAACUGAUUCAGAUGACCGUGGUUGCUAAAGAUCGCGGUUUUCAGGCAACGCCCGUUGAAGUUGUUGCAAACUUUCAAAUCCACGAAGGAGAUAAAACGAUGAUGAAUUCAGCUUUAUCGCCACAUUUCUUCAAAUCAUCUUAUGUCGUUCAAAUACGCGAAGAUUUGCCACUUAAUUCUCACAUAUUUUUCCAGAUGUUGUCGAUAGAAGAGACACCAUUUAUUUCACAAUUGCAUAAUGACGAAAUGCCAUUUAAAGUCAAUGAUAAAUGUGGUUUUCUGUAUUUAGUGAAAAAUUUAAAUUUUCACAUGAAAAAAAGAUAUGAGUUGAACUUGACUUUGAUGGAAGCAACAUCGAAACUAAAUCAAACAUUUAUAACUGUUCUGGUAAAGAGUUCCAACAAAAACUUUCACACUCCUGUGUUUAGGAGAAAUAAUAUUGGCAUUCAUGUGAAAAGAUACAAAGGAGUUUUCCAUAUUGUAAAAGCUGUUGAUCCUGAUGAAGGUUUGAAUGGUGAACUGAAAUAUUCCAUUGAUGAAGGUGAUAGCAGAUUUAUUUUGGAUAGUAAAACAGGUUAUCUUAGUACAAUGAUGGAUAAUUCUUAUGAAGGAUUCAGUGAAUUUGGAUUGAUGAUCGAAGCUAGAGAUAGCGCUCUUCGCUGGAGAGCUGCUAAACAAUUUAUAUUGAUAAAAGUUCUUGGAGAUCUUGAUUGUAAUCCAAUGUUUGAUUCAGUUAUGUAUGAAGCAACUGUCGAAGAAAAUAUCCUGCGUGGAGCUUUCGUGGCCGUCACGAAGGCUAGAUUGUGUCAAGAACAAACUGUGGAAUAUUUCAUCGCGGAUGGAAACGAAGAAAACAAGUUUGAAAUAGAUUUGAAAUUUGGUAUAGUGAGUACGACCCAAUCUUUAGAUCGAGAAGACAGUGAUGAGUAUACUCUGGAAAUCACUGCAAGGAAUGGUACGAGAGAAUCAAGAGCGUUGUUGUUGAUUCAUAUCAAGGACGUUAAUGAUAAUGCACCAAUUUUUUCUCGUGAUAGUUAUAUUGUUGAAAUAUCCGAGAAUCGUGGCACAAUAAACAGUCUACUUUGUCUCGUUGCCACUGACAGAGAUUCUGGCAAAAACUCAGAGAUUCAAUACAAACUUGUGUCUGGAAAUACCCGUUUAUUUAAUGUUGAUUUGCUCACUGGAACUCUAUCGUCAAAGUCUUUAAAUUUUGAGGAUAACGAGGAACAUGUGUUGAUAAUACAAGCUACAGACUUUGGUGAUCAACCGAAAUCCACCAAUAUCACAGUAAAAGUUCUCGUCAUGAAUGUGAACGAUCAACCAAAGUUUGAGUCGCAGUUGAACACAGUUGUGAUUAAAGAAGAAGUGGAUAUUGAUACAAGUAUUAAAUUUCUGUCGGUUAUCGAUGAAGAUGAUGGCAAAAAUGGCGAAUUUGAUUGCAGUCUUGAGAGCUUCUAUCCCCAGGAUUCAAGAUACUUUCACGUGAUUACAAAGCCAACAGGAUGUGAUGUUAAGAAUAAAGUUACGUUGAAAUGGUUUAAGAAAAAGUCAGUUUAUAUUUUACGAGUUAAAGUCAGCGAUAGAGCUUCAAGAGAGACACAAAAAACUGAUGUUUUUAUCCUUAACAUAACGGUAAUAAAUAUCAACAACCACGAUCCCAUGUUUCUUCAAGACUCUUAUUAUACCUCUGUAUCACCCAAUACCAUGUCUAUCCUUACUGUGAAAGCCGUAGAUGAAGACUAUGACGGGUCAUUACAAUAUUCCUUGGUUAGACCGUCUGACAUAUUUAGUAUUGAUAGAUUCAGUGGUCGAUUAUCAUCGUACAUUGGGAAACUUCGUUUUGGAAAACACGUUGUGGAAGUUUCUGCAGAAGAUCAAGGAAGACGCUUAACAAAGGUUAUGUGUGUUAUUUUUGUGGAUAAAGUUUUCACAGACACUUUUCUUGCAAUUACUUUCUCUGAAGUAAAUCCUACACUAAAAGAAGAUGUUCCCGUUGGUACAUUUGUUACAAAGGUUCAUGUGAAUGAGGCAAAUAUAAAAUUUAGCAUCGUUGGUGGAAACACUGAUCACGUGUUUCAUAUCUCCCCAAAUGGAAAUGUUACUGUUGCAAAACCAUUGGAUUAUGAAAAAACUGCCAGUUAUGAAAUUGCCAUCAGAGUAGCGUGUACACAAUGUCAACAAAUGCAGUUUGCCAAAGAGAAACUUCUAAUUAUCAACGUGUUAAACAUCAACGAUAAUAAACCCAUAUUUGUUGCUCCAUUUAAUCCACUGGAUGUAAACAUGAAUAAAGAUGUUCGUGCAGGAACAGUAAUCACUAAAGUCCAUGCUUAUGAUGAUGACAUUGAUGAUGUAAUACAAUACAGCCUGAAAGAAUCUGUGAACAAAAUUCUCUUCAACAUCGACUCUGUUUCCGGAGAAAUAACAGCAAAAGAAAACAUUGCAUCUCGUAGAUGGCCUUAUUCAUUAACGGUCAUUGCUGAUGACAGAGGAUUGCCUAGUAAACAGAGUGAACUUGAUGUAAAUGUUUUGGUUAUUAGAGAUACUUUCAAUCUGACCAUAUCCACGGAUCUUUUACGUCAUGAUGUGAACGAGGGACACCAGUCGGUAGGUAUGGAUAUUACGAGGUUCACGUUGCAGAGUAGGUCCCAGGAAAAUAUUACAUAUUCCAUAGUGGGAGGAAACUUUGGAAAUGAAUUUUGCGUCGACGUAAGUGGAAGACUUGUGACAGUAAAGGAAUUAGACCAUGAAACUAAGAGUGAAUAUAAUUUAAAAAUCUUAGCAAACGACGGAAAUAAUUCUGAAAUCUCCAACAUCAUAAUCACGGUAAACAAUAUUGAUGACAGUCGACCUUAUUUUCCUGCAAAUGAGCUAGUAACGUACACUGAUGAAGACUCUGAUCGUAUGAAGAUCUGGACGGCUAAUGCUACGGAUUCCGACUUCAUGGGUAUUACAUACGGGAUAGUCGGAGUAUCACGUCACGUGGAUCGAAACAGUUUUGAAAUUUAUGAUAACAUAUUAAUGAUAAAACGAAAGUUAGAUCGUGAAUUUUUGAACAAACAUGUUUUAACAAUAGAAGCUAAAGAUGAAGGUGGACAUAAGACGUUUUGUCGAUUGAUUGUUCAUGUCAAAGAUAAAAAUGACAACUCCCCCCGUUUUACGUCACAAAGUUACGUUCAACGUGUUUCUGUUAACGCUCCAGUUGGCUUUAUCAUACUGAACGUGAAGGCCACUGACCGCGAUGAUGAACUGAAUGGCGAACUAAGAUAUUUUUUGCAUCCAACAAGUGAAAUGUUUACUUUGGAUUCUGAAGGAACAUUUGCAGUUUUUGGACAACUUCAACCAGGAAAGUUUGUAUUUAAUGUGACGGUCGUUGAUCAUGGUAAACCUUCAUUGAAUGAUACAGUACCACUUUGUGUUAUUGUGGAAAUGAGUGAGGGACCUCCGCGUUUCUCUUUUGUUGGAUUUCUACAAGAAUACAACGCAACAAUAUUGGAAAAUGAAGACAGAGGCACGAAAGUACUUCGUGUAAGCGCCAUCAGUAAAGAUUUGAUAACAUAUAAUCUUUUUGAAAGCGACACAACUGAUUUUGAUGUUCAUCCAAUAUCAGGUGAUAUAACGACAACAAAACCUUUAGACUAUGAAAACAUCAAGUACUACAACUUCAAGGUCAGUGCCACUGACCAGGGACGUAUGAGUGUGGCGCAUAUUAAGGUGAUUGUGAAGAAUGUGAAUGAUAAUAGACCAAAAAUUUUAAACAAGAUUCAGAAUGAAAUAUUUUGUCGUAUAUCAAGAUAUGCAGAAAUUGGCACGACACUUUUACAUAUAAAGGUCAAUGAUGAGGAUAAUGACGAUUUCCGUUUUAUUCUGCUCCAGACCCCCUCGCUUUCUUCUCAACUUUUCACCAUAAACGUUUUAGGACAUAUUACCACUACAGGAUCAUUAACGGACAUUAAAGACAAUAUAUAUCUAACAGUGACGGUUAUGGAUAACGGUAGACCUUCGUUGAAUGAUUCUGUGACAAUAACAGUUGUCGUUGUGAAUUAUGGAGACAGUAGUGUUACAAUGAAGGCUGACAUAAGUGAAGAUACACCUGUUCAUACUAAAAUUCCGUUAUCACUUCAUAUGGAUAAAAGUUACAACCCAACUUCAUAUACUAUCAUUUAUCCUCCUAGGUCCCCCUUUAUUAUCGACAUUUUCAAAGGUCAUAUAACGUUAGCAAGAAAAGUUGAUUACGAAAAACAGCAAAAUUACUCAUUGACCGUAAGGUCAAAAGGAUCAACGUAUGAAAAAGAUUACGAUAUCACAAUCAACAUAAAGGAUGCCAAUGACAACUAUCCUAUAUUUAAAACUCCUACCAAAGACAAAGAUUAUGAUUGUGACAAACGUCCGACAGUUAAAGUUCAUAAAGACGCCCAAUUUGGUAGCGUUGUAUAUAAGUUUGUUGCAAGUGACGUCGACAGUGGUUUAAAUGGAAAGAUUUAUUAUUUAAUUGAUACAUGUGAGGAUUGUGAACACGCAACUCACGAUUGUAGAUAUCUCUUUAAUUUACGUCGUGAUACAGGAGUUUUGACCACCAUCGGCAUUUCUCUAUCGGAAUCGAAGUACAAAGUUUGUGUUAAAGUGUACGAUAAUGGACCACCUGAAAAAAGCACUCGGACAUGCAUAGUUAUCUCAGCUGAAUCAUUGAAGCCGGAAUUUACAAAAGAUGAAUAUCAUUUUAAUGUUGAUGAAUCAGAAAACAUUGGUUAUAAGAUUGGGGAAGUUAAAGCCAAUGGAUAUGGACUUUCUGUGACAUAUGAACUGAGAAGGCCAAAUGAAUUUUUAGGUGUUCAUCCAAACACGGGCGUCUUGACUCUUUUUUCUACUUUGGAUUUUGAAACUAUGCAUAAAAAAAUCAUCGAGGUUGAUGUAGAGACUAAAAAUCCAAGAUCAACUGCAAGAGUUGUAAUUCACGUGAAAGAUAUUAAUGACUGUUAUCCCAAGUUUGAUGAAGAUUUAUAUACUGAGUUUGUACCUGAAAGUUCUCCAAUUGCGAGCAAAGUCCUUAAAGUUCAUGCAUCAGACAGAGAUUCUGGCCUCAACGGGGAUAUUACGUAUUCAAUCGACAGCAAUUUCUUUAUCAUUGAUUCAUAUACUGGAAUGAUAUCAAUUGCGUCUUUAUUGAAUUUUGAGAUGAAAUCUUUUCAUGUUUUCACGGUUACCGCUCACGAUAGAGGAAAGCCAAGUCUUAGUGGAAAAGCAAAAAUUAAAAUCCACGUCACGAACGUUAAUGAUAAUGUUCCUCGAUUUACGACAAAUUUUCAAUCAUUUACGAUCUUGGAAAAUGCCGAACCGGGAAGUCUUAUAACGAAAAUCAAAGCUAGCGAUGAAGAUGGAGACAAGUUGAGUUAUGAAAUCGUUUCUGGCAAUAAAGCUGGAAUAUUUUUUAUUCAAUCCGAUAGUGGAGAAUUUAAGUUGGUAAAUGAAACAUCGAUUAUCCUUAGUGGUCCUUAUUAUACCCUCAAUGUAUCAGCUACUGAUGGAAUUCAUAUGGUAUAUACGCACAUACAAGUAAACAUUAAGGAUAUCAAUAAUCAUGUACCUGUAUUCACAAAUUGUUCUCAUUACCGUCCGACGCUUCCCGAAAAUUCUCCUCCAAACUUUCCAAUUAUAAAGGUAACAGCCAUUGAUGAUGACCUAGGAAAGAAUGGUAACGUGGAAUACGCUCUUCUUAAUGCAGGAAAAUUUUUUAUGAUCGAUCCUUUGACUGGAGAUAUUAAGACUGCGAGAAGCCUGGACAGAGAAAAAACUCCAAGAUUAUCAAUUAUUGUAAAAGCUAUUGACGGAGAUAAAAAUAUGAAGUCAGAGGAAAGACUUGAAGGUUUAUGCUUUUUCGACGUUACAAUUACUGAUGUUAAUGAUCAUCGACCAACAUUUGAAUCUUCAUCAUACUUACAAACAAUAAAAGAUAACGUUCAAGUUGGAUAUGAAAUAUUAAAAGUUAUUGCAAAUGAUAAAGACGAAGGAAUCAAUGCUGAUAUAACAUACACUUUGAAGAAAUAUUCUUCUCUUUUUCUUAUUCAUCCUCAGUCAGGAAUCAUUCAAACUAAAGUAAAACUUUUCAACAGAAAGAAGACUUACAUUUUAAAGUACUGGCAAGUGAUCAUGGAAAUCUCGAAAGAUCAACCUCACUUUAUGAAAAAUUAUUAUGAAAAAACUAUUCCUGAGAAUGUAACAUUUCCAAGCAUCGUGUAUAAAGUGAGUGCAGGCUCAGAUAACACAGAUCCUCCCAUGUAUGGUAUAGAAUAUGGAAACACUCCUAGUACAAAUAACAUGAGAACAUUUGAUAUUGAUCCUGAUGGUAAUAUUCGUGUAUUACAGUCACUAGAUCAUGAAACCAUUCCCAUCUAUACAUUAACUAUUUAUGCAGAAACAACAUCUGGACUGAGGUCACAAACCACGUUCAGAGUCAUCCUGGAGGAUGUUAAUGAUUGUGCUCCCGUGUUUUUACUAUCGAGAUAUAAAGGCGUGGUUGCGGAAAAUACCGCAGCUCCAAUUGAAGUACUUUAUGUUAGAGCAGAGGACAGAGAUACAACGGAGAAUAUAGUUUAUAGUAUGGUGAAGAAAAAUGACUAUUUUCAAAUCAAUUCACGGACAGGUGUCAUAAAUACAAAAACGAAAUUUGAUCGAGAGUUAAAGAAUACAUACUUCUUUCAAGUUAAGGCAAGCGAUAAAGAUAGACCUUUGUUAUCAAGUCAUGUCACCGUAAGGGUUACGAUAUCAGAUAAAAAUGACAAUUCACCCGCCUUCGAAAAUAAGUAUUAUAAGGCUUUUAUCAAAGAGAACUCGUCUCUUGGAACGUCUGUUAUCACUGUAACCGCGUUAGACAAAGACAGUGGACUCAAUGCUAAGAUCACCUACUCCAUAAAAGAAGGAAAUGAAGAUGGAAAGUUUCAAAUCAAUCACGAAGAUGGACGUGUGUUCGUGAAUGGUCUUCUGGAUUAUGAAUCAAAGUCCGAGUAUAAGUUGUUAUUGGGAGCCUGGGAUGGAGUUCAUAGAAAUACAACUUGUUUGGUUGUUAAAAUAAUAAACGUCAAUGAUAAUAAUCCAAAGUUUGAAGCAUCGCCUAUAAAAGCAUUUAUUAAAGAAAACAUGGCGGUCGGAAGUUCAUUGAUAACCCUUAAAGCAAACGAUCCUGAUGCUGAGUGGAUUACCUAUGACCUUAGUUCGCACAUGAAGAAUAUAUUUAAAAUAAAUAAUAAUACUGGUCGUAUUACCACAAAGGUUGUUCUGGAUCGAGAAUUUAAAGAGUCUUAUAUGUUUCAAGCUUAUGCUUAUGAUCAUAAUAGAAGGACUGGGGCGGUUAAUGUUUUGGUAAAAGUUUUAGAUGAGAAUGAUAAUGAACCAAAAUUUGUUGAAACUCACAUCAAAUUGUCUGUUUUGGAAAAUUCUCCUGUUGGUGCUGUAGCUGGUCGUGUCACAGCCACUGAUCUUGAUGAUGUCAAUUCUGACAAUGGCAAGGUGUAUUAUGGGAUAGCCUAUGGCUACGGAUUCAUCAUUGAUAAUGAGACGGGGGUACUGAAAACUACGUUAGCUUUUGAUAGAGAAAAUAUAAGCACAGUAGCACUCACUGUGACCGCUAGUAAUGCUGGGAUACGUCCUAUGAUGUCAUUCAAAAAUAUUGUUGUUUAUGUAAUGGAUAUGAACGAUAACGAACCUCAGUUUUAUAAAGACGUUUAUCGUGCAACUGUUGAGGAGAAUGCUUCUCUUGGUUUGAAUAUCUUACGGUUAAAUGCUUCAGAUAUUGAUGUUGGAAUAAAUGGUUUAUUGAGAUUACAAAAUAAGUUUACAAUUGACGAACGUACUGGUAUAAUAACGUUAGCUGCUUCUCUUGAUUAUGAGACGAAAACUGAGCACAAAUUUGCUGUGAAGGUUAAAGAUAAUGGUAUACCUGAAAUGGUUGAUGAAACGACGGUCAUUAUCUCUGUUACGGACGUGAACGAUUGUCGUCCGAAGUUGCAGCCGUACGAUGUGUAUCUCAAUGAAAGUCGCUAUGACAACAAACUUCUUGGUGCCAAACUUUCAGUGAGGGAUAAUGAUGGUUCUUUUAGGAACCGUGAGGUUGUAUAUUCUGUUGUGGAUGAUACGAAAGAUAUGAUCGUGAAUAAAAACACUGGAGAACUUUACAUUAAUACAACUUUGGACUAUGAACAUCAGAUUGUUUAUGUAUUUAGAGUUCGAGCUACAAACACUGCUCCGCCAUAUUCAUUCGACGAAAUCGAUGUUAACAUUUAUGUUCUUGAUAUCAACGAUAACCUCCCGGAUAUUAAACCACGUGAUGUCUACGUCCCGGAAAAUUCUAAGCCAUUUUUCCAAGAAUUUUUUAUAACGGACCAAGAUGAAAAUGGUGGACCAUUUUCAUGCGGAAUUGUGAAUGAUAACGAGAAAAAAAGAUUUUCACUACAUUCAUCAAGACAAGGUCACACAUGUAAACUCACAACGAUGAUGGAAUUUGACCGAGAAGAGCAAUCUCUGUAUCUUUUAAAGGUCUGGGUACAAGAUGGUGGUAGGCCAGCCUUGACCAAUAAUAUCACGAUACGCAUUCACGUGACUGAUGUAAAUGAUAACCAACACAAAGAAGGAUCUUUGGUGUUACAUAUGAACGUGUUUGAACAGCAAAUUUUAUCUCAUAUGGUACCUAUUGGUCAAGUGUUUGUAAACGACAGCGAUACUCUUGACUUGCGGUAUUAUGAUGUAGUAAGCGGUGACAAUAACACUUUCACUAUAAACAGAGAGACAGGAAAUAUUACUGUGAUAAAACCACCUGAAAGAAGAGAUUACAAAUUCUUAGUACGUGUGUCCGAUAGGAACAGUAGCUUUGAUGCAGUGAAUUGUAGCGUCAAUAUUCGCGUGAAUAUCAUCCCUCAGGAAGCGUGGUUAAAUAGUAUAACCCUUCGUUUCUUAAAAUCAACAGAAAUUGAAUUGAUGACAAAUCUUGAUAAAUAUAAAAAACGUAUGGCGCAAAUCUUGAAAACUAAACCUGGAAACGUGGAUGUAUUUAGUAUUCAAAAGACAUCUGAUCAUAUGUCAUCUAAAAAUAAUAAAGAAUAUUUGAAAAAUGUCAUCAUAGGACAUGAAGAAUGCAAUGACAAAUUACGUCCUUCUGAAGGAUGUAAAAGUUCGCCAUCGUUAACUGGAGGGAUCAGAGUUGUUGCUAAUGGUAGAGGUCUUUCAUUUUCUUCCCUCGAAAUUGACUGCAAAGUAAGAUGUGAGAAUAGUAAAAGCUUGCAACCAGUAGAAGAAUCCUGUCGAAAAUGGCCAUGUUUAAAUUCCGCUAGCUGUCAAGGUAUACUUGGAGGUUUUCUGUGUACGUGCUUUCCUCGUUUUAUUGGUACGAAUUGUGAACUUAACACACGAAGUUUUAAUGGCAAAGGUUUAGUAUGGUUUCCUUCAUUGAAGUCAUCAAUCACUGGAAGUUUAUCCUUAGAGUUUUCUACCGUCUAUAAAAAUGGUCUUCUUCUUUACUCUGGACCUACGUUUUACGAAGAUUAUGUUACAAAUGGCAUGUUUGUCAUACUACUUCGUGAUGGUAAAAUACAAGUAAAGGUGUUACUUCAAGAUAUAUUACCUGAAGUUGUAGAGAUAGAUGGUUUAUCCUCACUUCAUGAUGGAGAAUGGCAUCUUGUUGAAAUUUAUUACAAUGCUACGUCUUUACGUGUUAUUGUUGAUGAUUGUCUUUCAUCCACUGUAAAAAAAGUUGAAAAUAUUGAGGUUGAAGAUCGUACAAAUUGUGAACGUUUUAUAGUAUUUAACAACAGACAAUUACGCCUUCCUGGUACAUACACUCCAGUUCAACUUGGUGGCUUGUUGACUUCAAUUCCGGAUAUUUACGAUGUUCGACCGACUUUCUACGAUGGAUGUAUACGAAAUGUGAGAAAAAAUGGAAUAAUAAUGAAUAAUGCCUUGUACGGCAAGGGUAUACAAAAAGGAUGUCCUAGUAUUAACAAGCAUUGUCCAUCGCCAUCCCCUUGUACAAGGAAUGCCACCUGCCUGCCGUCAAGGACAAAACAUACCUGUACAUGCCCUCCUGGAACUGAAGGAGUUAAUUGUGAAAAACACUCAAUUGCACAGACACUAAAUGAGUCCAGUUUCAUAAAGUAUAAGUUGCAUGAAGAGUUUCUAAAAACGUAUAAUCCGAAAUUGACAAUAUUUCAAAUGAUGUUCAGAACAAGAGAUAAAGACGGUGGACGUCUUGUCACAGUCAAAAAUCAACAUGGCCAUCAGAUCUUUUCCAUUGGAUUGGUAAAAGAGCACAUAACUGGCAAACUUUCUCUUAAAGUAAAUUUAACUUCAAAGAAUGAUAAAAUUAUCACCAAUAUUACAAGUGCGUUUUUAAAUAAUGGACAAUGGCAUUAUGUAACUCUUACAAGAUAUCGUAAUUUGGUUCAUCUAUCGAUUGAUAAGGAUAAUGAAGAAACUAAAGUUUUGGGACCGAAUACAUUUAUUCAUCUUGAGUUGAACAAACAAACUGAAAUUACAUUUGGUAAUGUGAAGUUUGAUGAAGAAAACUUUAACGGUUGUAUCAAAGAUAUACGUAUGAAUGGUAAAACGUUUCCUUAUGAAUCAAACAAAUACUUCUUCAUCACUCAUUACAAAGACACAAAAAACGAUUGUCGUUCGUCUGCCUGUGAUAAUAUUCAAUGUCGUCUGAAUCAUUUCUGUCACGAUGAAUGGCGUCAAAGUCGAUGUUUAAAAAGUCGUUGUGAUACAAUACAUCCUUGUCUUAAUGGUGCUACUUGUUUUGAUCAUGUUGUUGAUGGUGAUUCAACAUACAAAUGUGUUUGUAUUCCUGGUUUCAAUGGAUCAAAUUGUGAACAUGGUGCAAACAUCAUUAGAUUGACUGCUGAUUCAAUAGAAUUAGAUAUUAUAUUGAUUUUUGGUUUAUGCAGUUUUGCGUUUGUUUUACUCUUGGUAAUAAUUGUCAUUGUGUUUUAUCAUCAAUACAACAGAAAACGGACGAAGAAGUUCAACAACAAAAUCAUCACUAAACUUGAGAUAAAAAUAACGAAACCAAUGAUUUACACGAUAAUCAAUCAAAUAAUGGCAAAAAAAGCUUGUUUUCUUGUCAGCAUACAACACAAGUAUUAAUUCAUGACAAUACAAAACGCUCUUCGUCAAAAUUCAACAGUUCUCAACCUCUUGAAUGUGAACGAUUAUCUGAACUUCCUGCGUGGGAUAUACCUCCGAUGAUUGAUGUUGUGCUCACGUCUAAUCCCGAGUGUAGUCCGGUAAACGACGAUAAAAUGGAGGACAGACAUGACUUAUGGGAAGAUGCAAAGUACGUUUCACUGUCAGAAGCUAGUACCUUGGCUGUUAUACCCGAACAAUCAACGAAUAACUUGGCCUAUAAAGAUUCACUGUCUGUUUGGAGAAAUAUUGAAGAUUACGGUAGAAAAUUGUAUAAAGCAUCACAAAAUUUCAUGUUGAAUAACGAUGGAAGACCAGCAAGUGAAAUUUCAACGACCAGUGAUAGUUCUAGUGUUGUAACUGUUGUUGAAAAUCCUAUUAUUUAAACACGUUCCCAGUAAUUUUCUAUCCAAAAUAAAGUAAUUCUUCCUAGUAAUAAAUGUAUUUAUGUUAUAUUUAAGAAUAACAUCAAUCGUUGUAAAUUUAGAGCGAAUUUAAAAAUAAAUUGAAACAAUGUUUA